AUGUAUCGAUCAGUCCCACCUUUGACAGCCAUCGACAGAUUCCUGUGGGGCCAGCAGGCACAGAAUCACAAGACUAGUACUAUGUGGCGUAACACUGGAGGAUCAAGUUUCAUCGAUGGAUUUGUGUUACCAAAUGAGCAGGCUUUGAACUGGACACACGCUCAGGUCCCUGCAUUGUGCUUCACAAACAGAGUUUCAGGGAAGCACGACGACGACGAUACUGUGGGAAGGAGAAUUAGUAGGAAACGAUCUCGCGUAUCUUUGAUCAAAGGACAGUGGACGGAUGAAGAAGACAGGAAAUUGGUGAGACUGGUGAAUCAGUAUGGUGUGAAAAAAUGGGCUGAAAUAGCAGAGAAAUUGGAUGGAAGAGCGGGUAAGCAGUGUCGAGAGAGAUGGCAUAAUCAUUUGCGCCCUGAUAUUAAGAAAGACAGUUGGAGCGAAGAAGAAGAGAAGAUAUUGGUGGAAACACAUGCCAAGUUGGGGAAUCGUUGGGCAGAAAUAGCAAAGAGCAUUCCGGGAAGAACAGAGAAUGCGAUCAAGAACCACUGGAAUGCUACUAAAAGAAGGCAGAAUUCAAAGAGAAAGAAGAAAAUCACACACACAACACACAAAAAGCCACGUUCCUCUAUACUUGAGGACUAUAUCAGAAGCAAGACCCUGAUAAGUAAUAACACUGUCCAGAACAACAUUGAAGAAAACCAAUCUGAACCCCCUUCUGAUCAGUCUGCUGUUGUUAAUGGCGACUCUAUAAUAUCUGAACCGUAUGAUGAGGAAUUGCUCUUCUUGCAAGGUUUUCUUGCCGACAAUCAGAAUCAGAAACAGUAUCUUGCUGAUGUUGAGCACUCUCAGAAUUCUUCUUCAACUUCCUACUUGUUGGACUUUUGUCAAGCUGAUGGUGAACAGCGUCUUAUCACUGAUGUGACUGCUGGGCCUGGAUUUGUGUAUUCCAUUUCAAACCCAUAUAGCAAAACAAGCUUCUAUGAGAAUGUCCUCGCUGAGGAGGCUGUCACUCCCAUGAAACACUCCCAAUCAGAUCUUUAUCUCUCUUACUUGCUCAAUGGACCACCCUCCUCACCACUUCUGUGCGGGCAUGGAAAUCAAAACCUGAACAUGAAUUUGCUUGUGGGGUAUCAGCCGGAGAUGGAUUUAUUGGAAUUGGUUUCUUCUAAGUUUUCUACAAUCACCAACAGUGGCAUUUGAGUUCGAGCUAGCGUUUCAGUCUAUUGUUGUUUAGGUUGGCAUUAUUACUUCCUCGAUCAGUUUAAUGACAU